CAUCUAGAAAACUUGGCCUGUUACAGACCUGAAAAUCAGUAAUGGGUUUCUCCACAAAGAGAUUGAAAAUCCGUUCUAUAUAAUGUCGCUGGCCGACCCGGAGCUGUUACCGUUAGUGGCAGAACCUAUAUUGCAUAGGUGACAGCGGUGUGUGAGAAUGGCGUCUGCGUGUCUGAGAGAGGAGCUGAGCUGCUCCAUCUGCCUGAACCUUUAUACAGACCCUGUAUCCCUGAGAUGUGGCCACAACUUCUGCCAGGAAUGUAUUGUGAGGGUGCUGGAUACACAAGAGGCUGGGGGCUAUUCCUGUCCGGAAUGCAGGGCAGAGUAUCAGGAACGCCCAUCACUGGAGAAGAGCAGGAAGCUGAGUAAUAUAGCAAAGCAUUUUCUCCUCACUCCGCUGCAUUCGGAGGACUCUGGGGUCUCCUGCAUGUAUUGUCUCCAGGCUCCUGUUCCAGCUGUGAAAACCUGCCAGCAGUGUGAGACCUCCCUGUGUGAGGACCACCUGAGUGCACACAACAGGUCCCUGGAGCAUGUUCUGAUUGAGCCAACGUCCUCAUUGGAGAACCGAAAAUGUCAGACUCACAAGAAACUUCUUGAGUACCAUUGCUGUGAGGAUGCUGCCUGUGUCUGUGUCUCCUGCUUUGUAACCGGACCACACAAAGGACACCAGGUUCUGUCACUGGAUGAGGCCGUCAGGGUGAAAAAGAAGACUUUGAGAGAACAUCUGGAGAAACUGACCUCCAGAACUGAAGAUAUGGAGAAAAGAGUCCAGAGUCUGCAGGACCACAGGAGAAAGGUGCAGAAGAAAGUGGCUGAUGCCUCAGAGAGAGUUAAUGUCCUAUUUAUGGACCUCAGAAAGCAGCUGGAAGAUCUUGAGAGCCAAGUCCUGAGUGAGAUAUCCAGGGAGGAAGAAGAGAUCUCGUUAGGAAUCUUGAACCUGAUACAGGAGCUGGAAACACAGAAGGGCGAGCUGUCCAGGAUGAUGGGUCACAUUGAGGAGCUGUGCAACGUGGCUGACCCACUAACUGUCUUACAAGAUGGAGAAUCAGACCAAUGUGAUUUAGAUAAUUUGGGAAAUAUCAACAUUCCAGCCACACAAGGUGGUGAUGAGAAGGACUAUGAUGACAAUGUAUUCAAAAUAAUCUUACACACAGCGUUAUCUGAGAUUUUCGCUGGUGCAAAAAAAAUAUUCAGUGUGCCGGAGGCUACUGAUCUAUCACUGGAUAUAAACACGGCUGCUAAUAGUGUUACUGUCUCAGGAGACCUGAAAUCUGCCUCCUGGAAGAAGGUACAGAUUUGUCGUGAGGAAACGCCAGAGAGGUUUAUGUGUUACUGCCAGGUUUUAAGUACAACCACUUUUUCCAAAGGACAACAUUACUGGGAAGUGGAGGCCAGUAACUCUGCAUACUGGAUGGUAGGGGUGGCCUGUGCCAGUAUAGACCGCAAAGGAACGGGUUCCAAGAUGGGAAAUAAUACCAAGUCCUGGUGUUUGAACAGAGCUGACAAUUGUCACUUAGUGAAACAUAACUCAGUGUCCACCACGUUAUAUCCAGAGUCUCCCGUGUGCAGAUUAGUAAUAUACCUGGACUAUGAGGCCGGGCGUCUGUCCUUCUAUCAGCUGUGUGACCCCAUCAGACACUUACACACCUUCUCCGCCACCUUCACUGAGCCCCUGCAUGCUGCAUUUCUGGUAUGGAAGGAUGGCUGGGUCAGGAUUAAAAGCUAGAUCUAUUCAUUUGGUAAUGCACCUUCCAGUCACCUUUAAUUUAUGGUUCUAUGUGCCUUUUGUCAACUUUUACUAAAUAUUUUUUUCUUUGAGUGGUUUACUGUGCUUUUCAUUCAUGUAUUUGUAUCAUUAGGCAAAAAUAUAUGUUAAGAUAAUGUACAGUGCUUCUUUGGAGUAUAGGCAAAGCAUACUGUAUAUAGAGACAAUGGAAAUAAACAACUUUUCUGUAGGAGAAAAGGGCCAAUGGAUUUAGAAAAAGUUGCAGCAUGGCGUAUCAAACCAAAGGAAUUGCAUGCAUCUAAAGGUGGUUUCCAUGGGGUAAAUUUACUAUGGUGGGAUAUUUUUAGAACUGGCAACCAAUCAGUCUACUUACCAUUUAUCUAGCUGUUUCUAGCAGAUAAUAGAUAUAAUCUGAUUGGUUGCUAUGGUCAACAUCACCAGUUCUAAAAAUCUCUCACCUUAGUAAAUUUACCCCCAUGUGUUUCAGAUUUCCCAGCAUAGUCUCUACAGUAUUAUGCCCUAAUGAUAAGAAAGGAAUCUACAUGGUACAGUAUGUAUGGGGAUUACAUCUGUGGUGGGAAUAGAUGGUUAUCACUGAUAAUACUGCAUUAUUUUUAUUUUGGUACUCGAGAGGAAAUAAAGUUGGAGAAUAUA